UCUACACAGCAUAACUACUCACACCGUCUGAUCGUUCUGACUAAUAUCUUGUGAAAUUCAGACGUAACGACGUAGCAUUGAUUUCUCAAAAAAAUAAUAAUGAAUGAGGCAAAAUCUGUUAUCUCUUAAAUAAUCUCUUUCAAAAACAAGAAUGUCUCAUUUCUGACUGCGCUAAUGCGGUGCAUUCCGAAUCCGCUAAAUGUGAACCGCUCAUGAUCAGUUAUUUUUGGAAUAAGCCGGUUUUUAUUUGCACUCGUUCGCUUUUAGGAUAUAUGUACCUCAUAAUUUUAUUCAUAAACUACCUAGCCUGGCUACCUAUAUAUCAAAUUUUUCAUCAGUGAAGGUUUUCUCGCACUUUACAACUUUUAGGUACCAUCCAAUGAUCCAAAACUAUAACCGAUCUCUUUAAUGUUUCAACGUGGCCAAUAAAACAUCACAGACUUUCAAAAACUCUUGCUGUCAACAGUUUAAGCAAGUCAAGACAGAUUGUUUUUAUUUUAUUUGAACAAGUAAUGUUCCCUAUAAUCAGGGAUUUAAUACCGCAAAUAGGCCGCGGAGCUAGGAAACACGUCUUAAAAGCACAGUAUAUACAUGUAUAUACCCCUUCCCAAUCUAAGUCUAUCAUCUGGAACCAUGCAAACUACAGCACCAGUGUUGUCGUUCCCCCCGAACCGAGUUCUAGAGAAAAAGAUCGGAGUUGCAAACAGUUUACCACGAUAGGGAAAAUAUUCAAUUAUAACACUCCGAAGGAGUUCGGCUCAGGCGAUAAAAUAAGUAUAGUUGGACUCGAUGAUAUCGGAAUGGCUAUAGUGUACACUCUGCUUGUUAAGGAAAUCACAAACAACAUAUGUAUGAUUGACAUGAAUGAAGAGAUCCUGCAAGGAGAGCAUAUGGAUCUCCAGUCUAGCGCACUUUUCCUUAAUAAUCCCAAGAUAACGUCUAGCAAAGAUCCUGCAGACACGGUGAACUCGAAGGUGUGCAUCAUCACGACCGGCACGUACAAGGGCCGGGACGAGAACGAGCUCGACUACGUAGCGCGCAACGCGGGGAUCAUUAGAGCCAUCGUCGGACCGCUAGCGAAGUACAGUCCAGACGCGAUAUACAUAGUGGCGAGCGAUCCAGUGGACAUCCUGAGCUACGUGACGUGGAAGCUGAUCGGCAUCAGGAAACAGAACAUCAUCGGCACGGGCACCAUGGUGGACACGGCGCGGUUCCGCUACAUGCUGGCCGAGAAGUUCGGGGUCGCCCCCGAGUGCUGCCACGCUUACAUCAUAGGACAGCACGGCGUAGCUAACAGCGUUCCCGUGUGGUCGAAUGUGAGCAUAGCCGGGGUGCGGCUGGUAGAUGUGAACCCUCAGAUCGGCACAGACAAGGACCCGGAGAUGUGGAACGAGGUGUACCGUGAUGCCGUGCGGUGCGACGGCCUGGUGCGACAGCUGAAGGGCAACGUCUGCUGGUCAGUCGGACUCGCUGUGGCCGAGAUCUGCAAAGCCAUAUUUACUAACUCUUACACCGUGCUUCCCGUGUCUACUUAUGUAAAGGGCGAACACUGCAUCAGAGACGAAGUGUUCCUGUCUCUACCGUGCGUGGUGGGCCGCGCAGGAGUCAUAGACAUCAUCAGACAGACGCUCUCGGAUGAAGAGGCGACAGUCCUGCGCCGGGGGGCGGAGAAUGUCGCCCACAUACAAGAAGCUGCCAACAAAAUUAUAUCUUAGUACAUGACUCCUGUUAUUUAGUCACGAAAUGAUGAUAGAGCAAGGUUCCUUUAAUGUGGAAGGUUUACAGGGUUUGCCUGAGUUUGAAGACAGAACAUCUAUUUCACUCAAAAGGAAUUUCAGACUUACAAUAUAUCUUCCCGGAAGUCGGGGAAAAGGUUGAAUGUUUCUUUCGUAAGCAAUUUCUAAUAGGUAUAGGUACUCGUAUCUGUAUGUUUUUCUUAUUAUUUUAAUAUUUUUUAAAUAUUUAUAUGUGUAUUGAUAGACAAGAUAACAUCUUUAUUAUUUUGAUUAUGUGUCUAAAUAUUGUGCUUGUAAAGAGACGUGACAAAGCCACGUCAAAUAUGAGCCUUUUGGAGGAUAAUUA